AUGGCGACCGAUACCGACAUUCCUUCAUCACUUCCUUCGCCAAGACAUGUUGAGGCAAUGGUGAUGGGCGCCGAUGCGUUCUUGGAGAUGGGGAUGUUGAUUGUUGGAGUGGAACGAUAUCAAUGGUAUUCAGCGGAGAAGAAUAUUGCCAUCUUCAAGGAAGAGUUUGGCGCAACACCAUCGUCUGUCAAUGAUCUUUGGUCAGAUCUACGUGAAAUGGAACUGCUCACGAAGAAAUCAAGGCCAAAGCACUUACUCAUGACAAUCCGUUUCCUGUGGAUGUACCCAACUCUCGGCCCCUUGGGCCGCUUUUUCAAGAUCGACAGCAAGAAUACAGUUCGGAAAUGGAUUCAUCAUUUUGUUCCAAGGAUUGCUCAAGUCAUGUCCAAGAGAAUGGUGAAAUGGAAGGAUGCUGACCUGGGACAGACCUUUUUCAUGUCUGUUGAUGGCACGUGUUGUCGCAUUGAGGAGCCCAGACCAUUCUCCAAGAUAUACUCCUGCCACAAGUUCGGUGGUCAUGCAGGAGUUAACUAUGAGAUUGGAAUGAGCAUUAUUCUGCAAAAGCUCCUUUGGGUGUACGGUCCCACUCUUCCUGGUCUCCACAAUGACUUGGAGGUGGCUCGGCAAGCAUUGCUCCCAAAACUCCGAGCGUAUGGGAAUGGCAAGCGAAUCAUCGCGGAUGGAAUCUACGGAGCUGCAUCUGAAUCAGACGUCGUCAGUAUCGACAAUGAGUUUGACCCACGCGAGGUGGCAGAAUUCAAGGAACGAGUGUGCUCGAGGCAUGAAAAGUUCAACAAUCUACUGAAACUCUGGGACUGUCUCGAGGAUGUAUUCCGGCAUGGCAUUACGUUCCACAGGGAGUGCUUUCAUGCUGUUGUUGCCAUUGUUUGUAUUCAACUCGACAACGGAAGCUACUCGCUGUUCGACCCGUAUCCGAUGUGUUAG